GCUCGGUCACGAUGACAGAGGGCGGGAGGAUGAUGUGGAACGCAUGAUCCGGAAAUCAAGUGGAACGCAUAAUCCGGAAGUCAGGUGAAACUCACUGCCUGUGGGAGGUAGCGGGUGUGCAUCGUGCAGCGGGUGAGAGCUGGGGGGAGGCGACUCUGAAUAAACUCCUCUACCCUUGUGGCCAAAGAGUUUCUCAAAUCCGUCUGUGGACAGAUGACUGGUGUUGUGGCAUUGCCUUCUCCUCCUUGUGAUGGUGGAAAAUCAAUCACCAGUGCUCCCCAAGUGAGACCUGUAUAAUAGACUACUUCUUCUGGACUGCUGAGGAGGGGGAGUAUAUAGAGGAACACAGGGGUCUGUACAAGUACGUGAUGAUGGAGAAUCACCGGCCCCUCACAUCACUGGAUGGGCCCAGUAACAGAGAUACCCCAGAGAGAUGUCCCCGUCCUCUGUAUUCCCAGGAUUGUACAGAGGAGAGUCACAGGAUCCCACAGGAGGAUCAGGGUGAAGAUCUGACUAUGAUUAAGAUGGAAGAUAUAGAGGGAGAAGAAGAGACGUAUGUGACUGAUAUGAAGGCAGAAGAUACAGAGGGAGAAGAAGAAGAGACGUAUGUGACUGAUAUGAAGGCAGAAGAUACAGAGGGAGAAGAAGAGACGUAUGUGAUUAAUAUGAAGACAGAAGAUAUAGAGGGAGAAGAAGAUACGUAUGUGACUGAUAUGAAGGCAGAAGAUACAGAGGGAGAAGAAGAGACGUAUGUGACUGAUAUGAAGGCAGAAGAUAUAGAGGGAGAAGAAGAGACGUAUGUGACUGAUAUGAAGGCAGGAGAGACGUAUGUGACUGAUGUAAAGGAAGAAGAUACAGAGGGAGAAGAAGAGACGUAUGUGACUGAUAUGAAGGCAGAAGAGAUGUAUGUGACUGAUAUAAAGGCAGAAGAUAUAGAGGGAGAAGAAGAGACGUAUGUGACUGAUAUGAAGGCAGAAGAGACGUAUGUGACUGAUAUAAAGGCAGAAGAUAUAGAGGGAGAAGAGACGUAUGUGAGGGGUGAUCAGCAGUGUAAGGAGGAGGAAAUCCGUUCAGAUAUCAGCAUAGAUGGAUGCACAAGCAGGAAAGCUCCUGAGCGAUAUCUAAUAUUGCCAGCAGAUUCUAAAAUGCAAGAAAACAUCACACAAGAUCCUCCAGGAGAAAACCCCAUUACCCUAAAUAUACAGUCAGAUUUAUUAUCUGAUCCCUCAGAGUAUGAGGAAUGUUCUCCUGAUAGAUCCGAUAUUGCUGCACAUACUACAGCUCAUAGAGGGGAUAUCAUAUUUUCUUGCUCUGAGUGUGGGAAAUGUUUCCUAACAAACUCACAUCUUGUUCUACAUCAGAAAAGUCACACCGGUGAGAAGCCAUUUUCAUGCUCUGAGUGUGGGAAAUGUUAUACACAUAAAUCAGGUCUUGUUGCACAUCAGAGAAGUCACACAGGUGAGAGGCCGUUUCCAUGCUCUGAAUGUGGGAAAUGUUUUACAGUGAAAGCAACUCUUGUUAGACACCAAAGACAACACACAGGUGAGAGGCCAUUUCCAUGCCCUGAGUGUGGGAAAUUUUUUACACACAAAUCACAUCUUGUUACACAUAACAAAAGUCACACAGGCGAGAAGCCAUUUCCAUGCCCUGAGUGUGGAAAAUGUUUUACACAGAAAUCAGGUCUUGUUGCACAUCAGAGAAGUCACACAGGUGAGAAGCCGUUUUCAUGUUCUGAGUGUGGGAAAGGUUUUAUAUUUAAAUCCGAUCUUGUGAAACAUCUGCGGACUCACACAGGUGAGAAGCCGUUUACCUGCUCUGAGUGUGGGAAAUGUUUUUUACAGAAAUCAGUUCUUGUUAUACAUCAGAGACGUCACACAGGUGAGAAGCCAUUUCCAUGCUCUGAGUGUGGGGAAUGUUUUACACAGAAUUCACAUCUUGUUACACAUCAGAGAAGUCACACAGGUGAGAAGCCGUUUCCAUGCUCCGAGUGCGGGAAAUGUUUUACAGUGAAAUCAACUCUUGUUAGACAUCAAAGACAACACACAGUUGAGAGGCCAUUUACAUGUUCUGAGUGUGGGAAAUUGUUUACACACAAAUCGCAUCUUGAUACACAUAAGAGAAAUCACACAGGCGAAAAACCAUUUCCAUGCUCUGAGUGUGGGAAAUGUUUUAUAUUUAAAUCAGAUCUUGUGAAACAUCAGAGAACUCACACAGGUGAGAAGCCAUUUACCUGCUCUGAGUGUGGGAAAUGUUUUAAGCAGAAUUCAGAUCUUGGUAGACACAAAAGACAUCACACAGGUGAGAAGCUAUUUACCUGCUCUGAGUGUGGGAAAUGUUUUUUACAGAAAUCAGUUCUUGUUAUUCAUCAGAGACGUCACACAGGUGAGAAGCCAUUUCCAUGCUCUGAGUGUGGGAAAUGUUUUACACAGAAAGCACAUCUUGUUACACAUGAGAGAUCUCACGCAGAUCAGAAACCAUUUCCAUGCUCUGAGUGUGGGAAAUGUUUUACGCAGAAAUCAAACCUUGUUGCACAUGAGAGAACUCACACAGUUGAGAAACCAUUUACAUGCACGGAGUGUGGGAAAUGCUUUGCAUAUAAAUCGGCUCUUGUUAGACAUCACAGAAAUCACAUAGGUGAGAAGCCAUUUCCAUGCUCUGAGUGUGGGAAAUGUUUUACACAGAAUUCACAUCUUGUUUCACAUCAGAGAAGUCACACAGGUGAGAAGCCGUUUUCAUGUUCUGAGUGUGGGAAAUGUUUUACAGUGAAAUCAACUCUUAUUAGACAUCAAAGACAACACACAGGUGAGAAGCCAUUUCCAUGUUCUGAGUGUGGGAAAUGUUUUACACAGAAAUCAGAUCUUGUUAAACAUCAGAAAAUACAUAGGAAAUCCAUGACCUAAUGGAUAUGAAUCAGGUUUGCAGCAAUACUGUUAUUUUCUGCAGCAGGGUACACUGGUAUUCCACAGUGAAUAACAUCGGGGUGUAGAGUUGGAUCUUGAUCCAAGGCACCAACAGGCUAAAAGCUUUAACUAUUCCCAGGAUGCAUAGCGCUGCCUCUGUAUCCCCGCCUCCAGGCACUGUAGCUCAGUUUGUAAGUUGGUGCCUGCAGUGCGUGCAGCUAACGGAGAGCGGCGCUAGGUAGUCCUGAAAAGAGCUUUUUUUUUUUUAAGAAAGACUUCAAGAGCCACAGCAUAAGCGCUUUAAAGUGCUAUACUGUAUGUCAGUCUGACAUAUCGUGCUGCGGCUCAAUCACCUCCCCCAGCGGCGCUGUAUACUCCCGCGCCCUGGUUGCUGGGUACUUAGAGCGGAGGUGCUCCGGUUCCAUCAGACACACUCACCGCCGCUGCUCUCCUGGAUCGCGUGGCCGCAUCAUAGGGAGGAGGUAAGAGGAUCCCCCAGGUGAGACCCGCCGAAAUCGCUAUCCGGCGCGGUCUCCGGAGACAGACCGUGCCGCUGGCAUGGACACUGUGGCAGUGCAGGGACCCCACUAUAUCCACCAGGGCAAGGGGCACAGGUCGGAUUUACUAAAAUCCAUUUAGUAUAGACCCCGUAGUACCUGGUGGUGAAGUCCAGCAGAGGAGAUAAGGCGCUGACCUGUAGCCCCAGCCCCAGGCGCCAUCGGCAGCAGGUGUUCCCGCCCUGGAGCUGCAUCUCUCCCUCACUCCCUGUCAGUGUUUGGGCGCCAUAACACAGAGCUGUGCUGAUCCUGGGACUGCUGGGCAAUAUCUCCUCUGUAAAGCCACCUGUCUCAUCAGCGCUGUGCAUUUACAGGACACUUAAGUUUUCUACAUGUCAUUAAGACAGCGUUCAUUAAGAACAAGUGCAUAACUACAGGGAUAUUUAGUACAAGUAUUCUGUGAUAUACAUCCAGUGUUUACUGUGCAUUGUUAUAUCUGUAUACAUACAUAGCUUUAUGUAGUAUUGCUAGUCUAGUGCAGUUUUAUUGUUCGUAAUAACUUCUGCAUUGUACAUGUGACUGUGUGUGCCAAUAGCUGCUGUGUGGUUCCUAUUCCGUGUAUCACAGAUAUUGCUGUCCCUAUAUUAUGUACCCUGAAGGGUGUUAAGUGCAUCAGGGUUAUAUAUAUAUUUGGCUAUAUUGUACUGUUACGCCUUAAGGCUACGUUUCCCAAUAAUGUCUGCUACACAGUGCAGGAGGUCUGUGGCCAAUCCUCUGUUAUGCAGUGCGGACGCCACGGAUUUAUCUGAGGAAAAUAUUCCAGCUGAGGGUCCAGGUACCGGGGGUUCUAUACCCCACAGUCAGUCUGCAGCACAGGUGGCACACCAAGACCCACCUUGGCCUGCUUUUUCUUAUCUACUGACUAUGCUAGUGACGAGACUUGAGCCGCCUGUGGGACCUCCUGUGUCAUUACAGCCACAUAUUGUCCCUGCAGUUAAUCCGCCAUGGGCAGAUACUCUGUUAACUCAGUUGCAGCAAUUAAAUCUGUCUUUGGUUAAACAAAAACCUAAACUUCGCCCCUCCUAGGACCAAGGGGUCAUCUAAGCGGGCCAUUACUUCCUCACAAUCCACGCAUGUAUCGGAUGCUUCAUCCGAUGAAGAUGGCGUAUACACUGACCCCUCAGACACUGAUGCAGAUGUUUCUGAUGGGGAAUCUAUUACACAGGUGGAUGUUCCUGACCUCUUGGAGGCUAUCAAACUAAUUCUUCAGAUUGAUGAUGAUUCUGAACCUCCAGAUACAUCUAAGAAACCCGAUAAGUUCAAGCGUCAGAAGGUUACUAAAUUAGUUUUUCCAUAUUCUGACCAUUUAGAUGACAUACAUCAGGAAUCCUGGGAGUCUCCAGGAAAGAAAUUCUCCCUGUCUAAAAAGAUGCUAGCUCGUUAUCCCCUCGCUGCAGAGUUAAGUAAAAAUUGGUUAGCGCCGCCGCCGGUGGACUCACAUGUCGCACAUCUGGUGGGGUCAUCUACUCUGCCUGUCACUACCAUCACCUCUCGGAAGGAACCGACGGAUAAGCGUGUGGAGCAUUGCUUGAAGUCUAUUUAUACUCUUGCGGGUGCUUUGCAUAGACCUACUAUAGCAGCUUCUUGGGCUGCUAAAGGUAUUGAAGCAUGGGUUCAAGAAGUUGAAGCAGAGCUACCUUCUAAUUUUUCCUAUAAUGUCAGACAGUGUCUUUCAUAUAUUAUCACAGCCUCUAAUUACAUUAAGGAGGUGGCCUCUGAUGCCAGUGUCCUGGCAGUCAAAGCGUCUACUACGUCCAUUCUGGCUCGCCGGAUUCUGUGGUUGCGGCACUGGUCUGUGGAUCUGGACUCAAAAAGGACUUUGGAGGUGAUCCCCUUAAGGGAGACAUAAUUUUUGGGGAAGAGCUGAACAAGAUUGUUGCUGACUUAGCAUCUGUUAAACUGCAUGUCUGCCGAGUACUAAUCCUUCGGCUCUGAAGGCUAAAAGUACCACCUUUCUUUCCUUUUCGACCUCCAAGUAUAGCAAAAGGUCAGGCGUAUCUAAAACAGGCUUAUACUUCCAAAACCUCUAAGCCCAAACCUAAACGUUCCUGGUUGGGAGGCCAACUUCUACGGUUUGCCCAGAUAUGGUUAUAGACCACUUCAGACGCCUGGGUAAGGGAAGCCGUCACUCAUGGAUAUGCCAUCUCUUUCAAGAAACGUCCCCCUCGUCAGUUUUGCUCAACAAACACCCCUACGGAUCCGGUAAAAACAAAAACUCCAUUUGGUGGUGCAAUCCCUCCUGGACACAGGAGUGAUAGUGCCGGUGCCUCUGGCUCAGAGAGGUAGGGGUUACUAUUCAACGCUGUUCCUAGUUCCGAAACUGAAUGGUUCCUCCCGACCCAUUCUCAACCUCAAGUCUUUAAACAAAUUUGUGAAGGUAUCUAAAUUCCGUAUGGAAACUCUUCGCUCUAUUGUUGGCCUUGGAGCCCAUGAACUAUAUGGUAUCCCUGGACAUACAGAAUGCUUACCUACAUAUACCUAUUGCCAUGUCGCAUCAGCAAUACCUGCUGUUUGCUAUUGGAAACCUACAUUUUCAAUUCCAGGCCUUACCUUUUGGUCUGACCACGACUCCGAGAAUCUUCACCAAGGUCAUGAUUGCUCUGCUCCACCGUCAGGGUAUCAGGAUCCUGCCGUAUCUGGAUGACUUGUUGAUCCUGGUGAACUCCCCAGAGGUUCUCCUCUGUCAUCUGGAACUGACGGUCCAAUUCCUGCAGGCCCACGGGUGGCUCAUCAACUUAAAGAAAUCCUCACUGGUCCCUGCUCAGAGCAUGGUGCACCUGGGGGCAUUAUUGGACACACACAACUAACGGUUGCUCUUGUCUCCUGAGAAUGUCCUGAAACUUCAGGACAAGAUAAGAUGCUUCCGAUCUCGCCCACGUGUGUCGAUACACAAGGCGAUGCACGUACUAGAACUCAUGGUUUUGGCUUUCGACAUGAUAAAGUACGCUCAAUUUCAUUCUCGCCCUCUGCAGAGGUUAAUCCUUUCCAAAUGGGACGGCCUGCCUUACCGGAUCAGGACUCGUAUUAUCUCCUUGACUCCAGAGGUUCGCCUGUCGCUGGGCUGGUGGCUACAGGAUCAACGAUUGAGCAGGGGUCGUCCCUUCUGGAUCUCUAACUGGGUCCUCUUAACGAUGGAUGCCAGUCUGUGGUGUUGGAGCAACACUCUCUCUUCAGGGUCUGUGGACCAGGGAGGAAUCUCACCUUCCAAUAAACAUUCUGGAGUUGAGAGCAGUGUUCAGUGCACCUCUAGUACAGAACAGGCCUGUUCAAGUACAGUCAGACAACGCCACCACGGUGGCGUACAUAAAUCAUCAAGGUGGCACUCGAAGCCGCAUGGCAAUGAUGGAAGUGUCAAAGAUUCUUCUAUGGGUGGAAUGCCAUCUGCCAGUCAUAUCGGCAGUGUUCAUUCCUGGCGUCCUCAACUGGGAAGCGGACUUCCUCAGUUGUCAGGACGUACAUGCUGGAGAGUGGAGCCUUCAUCUAGAAGUCUUUCAACUUCUAGUGGACAAGUGGAGCCUACCAGAUGUGGACCUGAUAGCGUCUCAACACAAUCAUGAGGUUCCAGUCUUCAGAGCAAGGACAAGGGAUCCUCAAGUGGCGUUCGUCGAUGCGCUGGCAAUUACAUUGAACUUUCAGCUGCCGUAUGUGUUCCCUCCAGUGUCACCCCUCCCCACGGUAAUAAGGAAAUUCAAGAAAGAAGGAGGAAUGCUACUUUUAAUCGCUCCGGCGUGGCCCAGACGGCAUUGGUUCUCAGACCUGCAGGGUCUCUCGAUAGCGCAUCCUCUUCUACUUCCACAAUGCCCAGACCUCGUUCAGAGCCCUUGUGUCUACCAGGAUCUGGCCCGACUGACUUUGACGGCGUGGCUCUUGAAGCUUCAGUUCUGAGGGCCAAAGGAUUUUCUGAAGUGGUUAUUCAAACAAUGUUGAAAGCCGUAAACCGGCUUCGGCUCGGAUUUAUUAUAGGGUCUGGAAUUCCUACUUCACCUGGUAUGCGGCUAAGAAUUACGAUGCAUACAAGUUCAGUGCUGCCAAACUUUUGGCUUUUCUGCAACAGGGCCUGGGCUUAGGCCUCCGUCUGGCCUCCCUCAAGGUUCAUAUUUCAGCCUUGUCGGUAUGGUUUCAGAGAAAAAAUGCGACUCUGCCUUUAUGGAUUCAACCUCCCUAUGUUCCUCCUGUGGCUCUUUGGGAUUUGUCGGUUGUUCUGGAUGCCCUACAAGAGUCUCCGUUUGAACCUCUUGAGUCUGUGGACUUUAAAUGACUUACACUUAAGGUCUUAUUUUAACUGGCUAUUGCCUCUGCUAGAAGGGUUUCCGAUUUGGGUGCCACCCUUGGGUGUCUGUCGCCCUUUCUGAUUUUUCACUGUGACAGUGCAGUUCUUAGAACUCGCCCUGGUUAUCUGCCUAAGGUGGUAUCGUCUUUCCACCUUAACCAAGAGAUUGUGGUUCCGGCCUUUACCUCUCCUGGUUUGUCCUCCUAGGAACGGUCUUUGGAUGUGGUAUAGGCUCUCCGUAUUUAUGUGAAAAGAACCGUCUCUCCUAGGAGAUCUGAUUCUCUCUUUUUUCUUUUUGGUUUUCACAAACGUGACUGGCCUGGUAAUAAGCAGACCUUGGCUAGAUGGAUUAGAAUAGUGAUUGCACAAGCUUAUGUGCAGGCGGGCCUUCCAGCUCCUGAUAUUAUCAAGGCCCAUUCUACUCUGUCUGUUGGACCUUCUCAGGCAGACCACCGUGGCGCAUCUCUAGAACAAUUGUGCAAGGCAGCUACAUGGUCCUCGAUUAACACGUUCAUAAGGUUCUAUGCCUUCGAUACUUCCGCCACCCAGGAUGCUUCCUUUGGACGCCGGGUUCUUGUGCCCGCUACAGUGCGUCCCCUCCCAUGAGGAACUGCUUUAGGACAUCCCCGAUGUUAUUCCCUGUGGAAUCCAGUGUACCUCGCAGAAAGAGAUUUAACAAUGGUAAGUUCUUACCAUAAAUCUCCUUAUUACACACAUUUUAUAAAUAUACAUCAUUACAUGUAAUAAGUGUGUACUUCUUAAAGGUAUAUUAAAAACGCCAAGUGAUGGAGAGUGGAAGCUUCAGACAUCCAGUAUAUUAACAUGUAAUUAAAUAAUUUAUUGACAUGGUUGGAAGGUGUGAUCAACCUAAGCCUGGUGACUUGUGAUUUCCUAAUUCUGAUAGAGAUUGGUGACACUCUCCACACUAAUAAUGUAUUCACUUUGUUAUGCAGGGUCUUAUUUAAUACAUAGUCCCGUCAAUGUGUUAUAAUUAUAAUUUGGGGUCCUGGACACCCUUAAAUUCUCUUUGCAGCAAUGUGAGUCUAUCGUGCGAAUGCAGUUUGUCCCCCUUAUGGAACAUUGAGGAAUAGAACCUCCAUUGGAAUCCCUAUAGCAUAUCCGCUUGCGAGCAGGGCCCUCCGACCUCUGUGUUUGUUCUUACUCAAUCUUGUUUUAUUACUGUUUUGUUUCCAUCUGUAAAGAGUGAUGGAAUUAGGAAUUUGUAGAUGCUAUGUAAAUAAAUGGUAAUAAUGAAAUGUGGGCACUUUAAAUUCUGUAUUAAACAC